AUGAUUGAAAAAGUUGGACUUCUCAACUCAGGACUCCAGGAUAUGACUGCUAUGGCCUGGAACCUCUACUGCAAUUGGGAAUUGGUUGGACAGCCUUCACAGGACGAUCCUACACUAACUCUCAUUCAAGAAUUCAAGGAGGCUUUCUCUCGCAAAGAUGUAACAGUCCACUUCAUGGGACUCUGGGACACCAUUAAUUCUGUGGGGAUUUUCAGAGACAAGUUAUUCCCGUAUACUACCAGUAGUGCUAUUGUUAAGCAUGUAAGACAUGCUGUUAGUAUUGACGAAAGAAGGGCCAAGUUUAAACAACUUCUUUUUGCUCCUUAUAGCUACUACCCCUGCCUUUUUAGUUUGAACUGUACCAGUUGCGAUGAAGAAGAAGAGGAGGCUCGUUCUCUUUUCACGUCUCAUAACAUGGAUGCCGGUUCUUUCUUAGGGAGUUUGCUAUUGGGAAAUACCAAAGUCCACAGAGUCCCUUGUGAUUCUGAAGAUAUCGUAGAACUAUUCUUCCCAGGAAAUCAUGGUGAUUGUGGAGGAGGCUGGCCCGUCGAUUUAGAUGGACAAUAUCUUUCUGAUAUUCCUUUGAGAUGGAUGCUUCUGCAAGCAAUUAAGUUCGGUGUUAUCUUCAAAACUAAUGCUAUCCACGAGUUCAACGACAAGCACCCAGUGUCUAAAAGUCUUCUCCUGUGUCAUCACGAUAUACUCUCCCUCAAGAGAGAAAGACCUAUCUAUACCCAAUUGAUAUUAACAAAUGGCCUUCCAAGAUCACCUGUCUGCAGAUUUGAUUCCAGAGGAGACGAAUACCUCUACUAUACUUUGUUCUGGUGGUUGAUUGAGCUUCUUCCUAUUGGAUACAAGGUGGAGAAUAAGGAGGGCCAAUGGAGAAAUGUCUAUGUACCCAAUUUAGGAAGACCUCGUAAGAUUCCAAGGAACAGUUCUUUUCAUUGGAGCGUUUUCUACCGAAUGCACUAUGUCAAAGACUACUGCCCUUCUAAUAUCCCUUUGGACUUGAUAGGUCCGAAAUAUUUAGAGCUGAUUGACGACUUCAAAAAGUGCUAUAAAGGUAUCGAUGUUGAAGAGUAUGCCCGGAAGUUGACGGCUGAAGAAAUCAAAAACGACUGGAAGAAUAAGAUCUGGAGAAUCAUCCCUGAUGAACUUCAGUUGCUCUUGGAGAAGGAU